AUGCCUGGAUCCCAAACAGGGAAGAACGAGGUGGACCUCUUUUUGAUCGAAACAAGAGAACCUUGGUGUAACAAGCUCAAGCUUCCCCGUCGAUCAGGGAGAAGACGGGUAGAGGCGGCAGGGACGGCGGAGAACCGACAAGGUCGUGCAUCUGUGACGCUGCGUGGAUCUCUCUUCAAGGGGUUCCGACGAUCAGUCCUUCUCCCCGAAGUCGCUGAAACGCGGGAAGGUUUGGUCUCCGGUCUGCAGGUGGUUCUUCUGCUCUUUUCCUCCUUCUCAGGCUUGAAUACCACUUUCAAGGCUCUGUGUGAAUAUCGACAGCGACCUGGUAGCCUUGUCGCUUGUCAUGAUGUAGGAGAAUCUAGCAAUCAUGGCGUAUUGACACAGACAUCUGACAAAGAGUCAAAGGGCUGCAUCAGAACGUCCGCUGGUGUACAACACCGCUCGUACGACCGAUAUCAUGACUGUCGACUCGGCCGAGCUACGCAAUCACGAUUUUCUCCGAUGGAUCAAUCCUUCCAGAACACGCUGAUCCGGGUCGCACGCAACCGAUUGACCCUCCUUUGA